UAGGAUUAGUUAUCAUCAGCAGUUAUAGUAGUGCCUUUGCUUACACGUAACUUGUUUAUCGAUCAUCAAUGGCGAAAAAACACCUAUCUGAAACUCAACACAAACACAAACACAAAGAUGAAUAUGAAUAUGAAUCGUUUUCUUCGGAUUCGGAAAUCGAAUAUGAACCGAUAGAUGUUAUUAGUUCUUGGCGUCCCAAUGCUCAUGGUGGCCAUCACUCCCUUUCUUCCACCUUCCAACCUCUCUCCAAUCGCUACCAAAAAUUCUCCCAUCACAUUCGAGCUUCUCCUUUAGAGGAAUGGGAAGAAGGAAGCAUGAAUAUUGCCAUGUCUAACACUGUUACCACAGCAAUUCGUGCAACUGUCAGAGACAUGGCUAUUGGUAAAACUCGAACUUCCGAGAAAGCCGAUCGGGCCACUGUUGAACAGGCAAUUGAUCCCAGAACGCGCAUGAUUUUAUUUAAGAUGCUAAACAGAGGAGUGUUUCAAGAUAUCAAUGGGUGCAUUUCAACUGGAAAAGAAGCAAAUGUUUAUCAUGCCACCAAAUCCAAUGGUCAAGAACUUGCAAUUAAAGUAUACAAAACAUCUGUUUUGGGAUUUAAGGAUAGAGAUAGAUAUGUGAAAGGAGAUUACCGGUUUAGAAAUGGGUACUGCAAGCAUAAUCCCAGAAAAAUGGUACAAACAUGGGCAGAAAAAGAAAUGAGGAAUCUUUUUAGGCUAAAGGCAAAAGGACUUAGGUGCCCUACUCCACAUCUUCAGAGGCAAAAUAUCCUUGUUAUGGAAUUUAUCGGAAAGAAUGGUUGGGCCGCCCCACUUCUCAAAGACGCAGAUUUAUCUUUAGACAAGUUACGGGAAGGCUAUGUUGAGAUAAUUGUUGCAAUGCGGACAUUAUAUCAGAAGUGUAAAUUGGUGCAUGGUGACCUCAGUGAAUAUAAUAUACUUUAUUAUGAGGGUCACUUGUAUAUUAUUGAUGUUUCUCAAGCUGUUGACCUCGACCAUCCUCAUGCUCUUGAUUUUCUGGUCGAAGACUGUAUUCACGUAUCCGCUUUCUUUAAAAGACAUGGUGUUGGUGUCAUGUCAAUAAAAGAACUGCGUGGAUUUAUUGUUAAUGCAUCAAUUGCUGAUGAUGCUGUAGAUAGUUAUUUGGAAAAGGUGCAACAAAAAAAUUUGGCCGGAGAAUAUGUAUCUGAUGAUUUGGAAUUUGGACAGAAUGCUGAGGAGGAUGUACAACAAACAAAUGGCGAAGACACUGGAGAAGAUUCACAUGUUAUCUCUGAUGGUAGAUCUAAUCUCUUAGAAGGUGACACCGAGUCUCAAUCGGGAGAGGACGAAGUAGAUAACGAAAGUGAUUCUGAAGAGGUUUCAUUUUCUGAAAGUGAUCGAGAUACUCCUCUUGAGAAUAUAGCUACUAGAAAACAAGCUAGGAAAGAAAAUAAAAAGAAGGUGAAAGAGGAGAAAAGGGAAGCAAGGAAAACUAAAGUCCCCAAGUCUGUGAAGAAAAGAAAGAAAAAAUUGUCUAAAGCCCCAAAGACCAGAUAGUGAAGAUGAUCCAUAUUUUAAUAAAUUAGGAUAAACUUUAUAUAUUUUAAUUUGGUUUGUAUUAAUUCUUAGUUUGCUUUG